AUGACUGACGUUCCGGACCCCCGUCUCGCUACCCUCACUGCCCCACUCGACUCUAGUGGCACUGGAAAGCGAGAAUUGGCCGCUACACUGUUCAAACCAGAGGUGUGGUGGGCCGAACGAUACCAGUGGCUCAAGGACAGAGGUUACGAACUCAGACCCCGGUAUCGCCCGGGUUGGACUCCGUCUUGGCGGGGUACGAAAAAGCAGUUCUACCAAUGCGAAGAUGGACAUUGCUUCGUGGAUACGAAUCUAGCAGACGCAGUUUGCGUUAAGUAUGGCAAGUUCGUGAUGCUCAAAAAGAUUUGGGCGGCUGUACAUCCGUACGAGGCCGAAAUAGGCCAGUUCUUGACUUCGGGGUCUUUGGCUACACACCCUUCGAACCAUUGCAUCCCCAUCUUAGAGGUGCUUCAGGACCCAGAGGAGGAGGACCGUCUCAUCUUGGUCAUGCCACUCUUGAAGAUGUUCUGGGAUCCGUUUUUCGACACUGUCGGGGAAGUCGUCGAGUUUUGCCGACAACUAUUCGAGGGCCUGAAAUUCAUGCACGAUAAUCGUGUCGCACAUAGAGACUGCUCCUAUCUCAAUAUCAUGAUGGACGCCGAGUCCAUGUUCAUCGGCGGGUGGCAUCCGGUCGAACACGUCAAGAAGCGAGACUUCUCUGGCGAAGUGAGUUAUUACACUCGAACGAAGCGACCCCCGAAGUAUUAUUUCAUCGACUUCGGCCUCUCUCGCCGCUACGAUCCUUCCACUCCCCUUUCCGAGCCGGUGGAACCGGUGAUCAGAGGGGGAGACAAAACCGUCCCCGAGCACCAGGACCGAAAGUGUCCCCCUCAGAAUCCGUUUCGUGCUGACAUAUACUGCGUCGGCAACGUGAUUAAGCAAGCUAUUUUACAGGGAACGCGGGGGGUCGAGUUUCUCGUACCUCUGAUUGACUCCAUGACCGCUGCCGACCCUUUAAUGAGACCUUCGGCAGACGAUGUUGUUGACCAGUUCCAGACCAUCCUUCAGGGCCUGGGUUCUUGGACACUACGUUCCCGCAUAAUACACACAGAGGACGGGGCGGUUGUCAACGCGUUCCUCGCGACAGCUCACUGGUAUCGUCGCAUAGGGCACGUCCUAACCAGGAGACCUCCGUUACCCGUGCCUCCAUCCUAGGACUAUUGCGGUAACGUUGCGCCUGACUUUCCUGGCUUUUUGGGUUUGAUUCUUUGGAGCGUGAUGCCGUACGCUCAGCCGGGACUAUGCAUAGUUAUAGACCAUUGAUAGUGUAGGAGGAUGCUUAACCUGCGUCGAUACGUUAAUUGAAUACCCC